AUGGAUGUACCCCGGCUAUUUCUUCUCCUCCUGUGUGCCCUCCACCUGACCUUGACCGGAGUGUUGAGCAAACACAUAGAUCACAGAAACCUGGUCAGGCAGAGACUGUGCUGCAAAAGACAGAGCCACUUUGUCUAUAUUGGACAAGACAUCUCUGGGAGUCCUGUCAGUGUUGAUGUGGGAAUGUGCAGGUCUCACUGUGGGGGAACAUCCAGGCCGUCACAUGAGGCAGGACCGCAGGAUUACUCCAAACAUUCCUCAAUGCUGGAAUUUCUCAGGAGCAAGAAACUGAGAGCGCCCGGCCCUGCAGCUCCAGAGAGCCCGGGACCGCUGAACCAGCUGCCCUCCUGCGGGAUGAACCAGGUGUGUGAGCCGACCGGGAUGCGUGUGGACCGGCUGCUGCUGCUGGAGGGACCCCGGGAGGUGGAGGUCAUCGAGGAGUGCCACUGUGAGAUCAAGCUGACCCAGUGCAUCCGCGUCCCGGCACUGAGGACUUAUUACUCCGAGACUCCCUAUGAGACAAUGAUCGACGUGGGAGGAUGCUCCAAGUCCAAGGGCUCACCAGAGGGAUUUUCUUGUGUCCCCACCAAGUUUGACUCCGCAUUGGUAGAAACCCCCAACAAAGUGGACGUCAUCCAGACAGUGGCAGCCUGUGAGCUGAAGGAAAGCUGCUACAGAGUCCCAUACGUGGAGUAUUACUAUGAAAUAGUCCAACAUGCAGAUGGAAUCAAAGAGGAGAGGCUCAAAGAAAUAGACGUGGGCAGAUGUUUGGGAGGCUGCACAACAGGAAACCGCUGCCUUCUCAGGAGUCCAGCUGAUCCAGCAAUCUGCCACUUAUGGGCGGAAAGACAGUCCAGCUCCUGUGUUCCUCAGGGCUACGAGAGCCACAGCUUCCUCAACCAGCAUGGACAGAUACGCACCGUCCUCUCCAUCACUUCCUGCCUUUGCCAAAACUGAACACUGCGCCCCCUACAGGAAAACAACCGCCAAUCUCUUCUCAGGAGUUGAAGUGUUUUUAUUCACAGUCCAAUGAUGACCCCAUCAGAUACUAUAACAUUUGUUUAAGACCUUACUGGC